UUGGACUCUAUGGUGACGGAGCCAGGCGGGCCGUUCUAGGCGGCCCCCCCGCCCUCUAUGGUGAAUGGGAGGAGCGGCGGGGCACGGCUCCAGUCCCGCGGUCUUGGCAGCUUCCCCGGGCACCAUGGCGCCGCCGAAAGAGAAUGUCACUAUACUGUUCAAGUUGUACUGCCUGACGGUGAUGACUCUAGUUGCUGCAACAUACACUGUAGCCUUACGAUACACAAGAACAGUGGAAAAAGAACUCUACUUUUCAACCACAGCUGUGUGCAUCACAGAAGUUAUCAAGUUAUUCCUAAGUGUGGGCAUUUUGGCUAAAGAAACAGGAAGCUUGGGAAGGCUGAUAUCAUCCUUAAAUGAAAACAUACUAGGCAGUCCUAUGGAACUGGCAAAACUAAGUGUUCCAUCAGUGGUGUAUGCUCUGCAAAACAACAUGGCUUUCUUGGCUCUUAGCAAUUUGGAUGCAGCAGUCUACCAGGUUACCUACCAGUUGAAGAUCCCUUGCACAGCCUUAUGUACUGUCUUAAUGCUAAACCGCUCCCUUAGUAAAUUGCAGUGGUUUUCUGUCUUAAUGUUGUGCGGUGGAGUUACUCUUGUUCAGUGGAAGCCUGCUCAAGCUACAAAAGUACAAGUGGAACAGAAUCCGUGGUUAGGGUUUGGAGCUGUAACUAUUGCUGUAUUGUGUUCAGGAUUUGCAGGAGUCUAUUUUGAGAAGGUACUAAAGAGUUCGGAUACUUCCUUGUGGGUGAGGAAUAUCCAGAUGUACUUGUCUGGGAUUGUGGUGACUUUAGGUGGUGUCUACAUAUCAGAAGGAACUCAAGUUCUUGAGAGAGGAUUUUUCUAUGGCUAUACAUAUUACGUCUGGUUUGUCAUUUUUCUUGCCAGUGUUGGAGGCCUCUACACUUCUGUUGUUGUUAAAUACACAGACAACAUCAUGAAAGGCUUUUCUGCAGCAGCUGCCAUUGUCCUUUCUACUGUUGCAUCAGUGAUGCUCUUUGGCUUACAGAUAACUAUAACCUUUUCACUUGGUGCUGUCCUUGUGUGCAUUUCUAUAUACCUGUAUGGCUUACCGCGACAAGAUACCACAAAAAUCCAGCCAUCGGAGCCGAAAAGUUUGAAAGAGAGACUUAUGCAUGUGUGAUGUUGUUUGUCCUAACAAAAAGCAACAGGCAAUGCAAACAACAGACUUGAAAUAACUGGAUUUUUUAAACUUAGCCUUAAGUUAGUCAUGAGAAGACUUGACCUAAAAUAAAAACAGAAGAAGUAAAUUGGAAUUAAAUGAAGGGUUUCCACAGGAUGAGAGAUUCCAAGCUGGUGAAGGAGUAUUACAUGUAAAAUAUUUUAUUUCAUAUUGGAUUAUGAAGAGCCUAUAUAUCUGGAAAGGAGAAUGAAGGAACCAACCAUUGUACAGAAACAAGAGAAAAAGACUGGUUUCUUAUAUAUUUGAUACUGUAUGUAUCAUCUCACUUGUGGGCAGAAAUGCCCAGAAGCUUCAGAAGAGAAUCUUGUUGCCAAAGCUCCUUCUUAUACUAUUUUGGCAAUGGAUUUCUGAAAAUGUUGGUCUGAUUUUCCUAGGGGAAGAGAAAUUUUCCUAAACCAACCUGCGUAUCAUCUUGAAUACCAACUGGUUGCUCAUUUCCAUUGGUAACUUUAAAAAAGAUACCAAGAGUGGACUGUAAAGAGAAAAAAUGUAUCAUACUUCAUCUACACUGCUUUGGGCAUUACCUUUGUAAUAUGUAAAGUUUGCCAAAAUGGGCUAGAGUCAAAAUUCACAUUAAGAGGACCAUUUGUUUUCCACUAUGACUUGAAAAGCAUAGUUGCAAUAUGAACAUUUUAUGCCCUGAUAAAACUGUUGUAAAGUGUUCUACUUGUUAGGUAUAUUUUAUGAAGUCAGAUUUCAUUUGGUGGGGGAAGCCAGUGAAUACCUGGGUAAGUGUUCUCUGCAUAUCUCCAAAUUAAGUCAGCACACAUAGUUUGUAUGCGUCAGAUGAACAAAUUUUUAUCUUUCUUCCAAAUAGCUCUACAUGCCACUGCACAGAGGCAAUUUGCUGCAUUUAACAUUUCAAAGAAUGUUUCUAAUGUUUGCUUUAGUGAGUGAAACUUUUUUGUAGUUUGAAUAAAUGCCUUAUGUUAGAACCCUAGUUUUGUUAACCUGGGACUCUAGGAUACCUAGACAAAUUCAACCCCCCUCAAUGGACACAAUGCACUUUUGUACAAUUUUAUUUAUAGAAAAUUGGUUUUGGUGCAUCUUUUUAAGUUGAAUUUCGUAAUGAAUUAAAUUCAAAAGAAGAAUGUGAAUGUUUGAGUUUGAACAUUUGAAUGUUUAUUUUAAACAGGAAUUGCUGCCAAAAUCAAGACUUGCUUUAAAACACAUAGUGCUUGUACAGUUGUGUAAACUUUCCCACACUGACAGUAGUGGAUGCCCUUGUAUUUGUUGGAAUAAGCCACUUGUGGAUUUCUGGAGAGAGUUACAAUAGGACUUACCCCUCCAAAGCACUUUUGCAGUUAUUUUUCUCCUGUAUUUUAAAAGAUGAAGAAAGACUUACACAAACAAAAUGGAAAUAUCAGUACUGAAUGUAGCUGGGUGUAUCCUUACCACUACUCCAGAGAGCUUAGGAGGCUUUUCUGUCCAUAAUGGCACUGGUAACAGACAGAACAGAGAAUUGAGCCAGAGGAUAGUGGUUGACUCUAUUCAGGCUCUCUAAAGCCCUGAAAUUAUAGGGAGCGGGAAUAUGGGUUGGGGCAUAACGACAGGUGACAGUGGUGGUUGUGGCAGACAUAUCCUAUUCUCUGCUACUGCUGUCUGUGGGAAUUUUCUCUGCUUGACAGAGGCAUCCAAGAGUGGGAGAUCUCUGCUGCUUGAGAGGGAGACGGGGUUAAUAACUGAAUAUCAAAAGCUGCCCUGGGACUUAUGAUUGCUGAAAAGAAAGAAAUAGGGGCUUGUGAGAAGAUUCAUUUCUUCCUUGCUUCAGACUCCUUCCUUCUUUUUUUUCUAUUUUGCCUUGAUUGUUUUUGCCAGAGGAAACAAGAUGAAGGAUUCAAGGGGACGGGGACUAUUCAGUUCUUCCAUGAGGCAAGAAUGGGCAAACCAACUGCUGUUUAUGCAUCUCUAUCAGUUGACGGUCAUUUACCUGAAGUGGGGCAUAUUAAGAGCACUAAUAGCAAGAAGAAAGAUCUGGACACUGUUUACAUGGUGGAAAAGGUCAUAAUUUAAAACACCUUGCCAGUGCUACACUUCAGUGCAUUGGAUAGCAGGUGUACUACUUCCUUGUUUAAGACAACAGAUGGAAGAAGAAAGUAAAUAUUAGUUUCUUUCCCCUUUCUCAAUUCCUGGAUGCUUAUCUGAUUUACUUUUCACCAUACUCAUUUGAUUCAGUGUGAAAAAAAUCCAUCAGGCUCCGAUUCAUAAAAUGAGAAUGUUGUUUCCUUUAUUCCUCCCUUCAUCAUAAAUUUAGAUCACUUAGUUCAUUUUAAACAAAGCAUUAAGAUUGAGUUUGGCAGGGGUGCUGGCUGCCUGCAGAACUAGCCUACAAGGACAGAGUGGCUUAUUUUCCUGGUCUGACAAACAAGGUUUUUUGUUACUUGUAGUCAUUCACAAUAGCAAGGGACAAUGAUUUGGGUCCCCUCCUUCCAUCUACUAUCUUCAUGGCUCUUAUGUGCCAUAAGAAUGACAUUGCACAUGGUGCUCAAUAAGUACCAUUAAUAAAUUGUGAUGUGGUAACUGCUGCUUUUGUUUCAUUAUCCCCAAAACUAGUUUCAAUACAAAAGAUAAAUGGGUGGUGAAAAGGUGAAGCACUUGGUCUCAGCCAUAUAGUUGAAAGUGGGAGACAAAAAGAACAAUGUGAAAUUCAGAAGAAACAAAAUAACCAAACAUUAGUUUGCUUAAAUGGAAUCACAUCAUUAUGACACACACCACUAUUGUACUACUAAGUUUAAAUGAGCUUAAUCACUACAAAGUGCAAAAAGGCUUAGAACAUGGAAAGAUUUGAGUGUGUUUAGACAAACUUGGAUUACAAAAGUUAAACCUACUUUUGUAGACUAUAAACAUGAGUUAAGAGUAAGUGAAAGGGAAAUGUUCAGUGAGACCCUUCACUUCUGAAUAUCCAUGAGGAUUUGAGUCAGUGCUAGUGAGAGACAACCUGAUUGAAACUAAUCAAAAGCCCCUCAGCUGUUGCCUGACAACAUCGCUAUUCCGUAGACAGUAUGCAACUUGAUAGAUUAUCAACUAGGAAAUUACCAGUUACAACAGGCAGAAAGAUGACGGGGCUCUUGUGAUGAAAAGGAGAUGCAUUUGCACCUGAAAACUCUUACAUGGAGAAAAUUUUAAUUCUAAAACUAGAUCAAGUGAGAAAAAGAUUCUUCUUUAACACUACCAAAGACAUGGUCUUACACUCUUACUUACAAAAUACAUACCUCAGUUGCUUUGUUUUCAUUUAUACGUGACCAGCAAUUUAUACUGAAGCAAAUCAAUCAGACUUAGUUACUUCAAACACUACAAAAUAAUUAACGGGAGAAAGCAAGUGAGU